AUUUUGUUGUUGCUGUUGUUUUAUGGAAACUAGUGCCUGGAACAAUGGGUCUGUUGUCCGAUCCAUCACUAUCGACGCAUAACAAGCUGGUGGACAAUCUAGCGAAGCAUGUACGAAAGGUCUGCUACGCAUUCUACACAGCGGGCGUGGUCUGGUUUCUAUGCCUGGCUCUGCCGGAAUUCAACCAUGGCACCUACUUAUCAGAGAAUGCACUCUCACCAGGUCUGGUGUAUCCCGAGAUACGCAUUGAUGCCAAUCGACUGGCCGUCCAACUGCUGGAGGAGUUGCAGCGUGAACGUAAGGAUCAUCAAUCGACGACGCCGCACGCCUGGAUCUUGGCCAAAUUCAAUGAGUUUGGCUUAGAGACGCACACACAUAACUAUUCGCUGCGUUAUCCAUUCGGAGGCGGCAAGGAGUUUCAUGGCAAAAACAUCUACGGCAUAUUGCGUGCUCCGCGCAUUGGAUCCACAGAAGGGAUUGUAUUCUCGGCGCCCUAUCGUGCACCUAGCUCGGUGCAUGUGGAAAUAUCACCUAGUGUGCCGCUGCUUUUAGCAUUUGCGGAUUUUGCCAGGCGCAAAAACUAUUGGGCCAAGGAUUUGAUAUUUUUGGUCACCGAGCAGGAGCAGCUGGGUAUGCAGGCCUGGUUGGAGGCCUACCAUGACGGCGACAAAACACCAGAUAGCUCCAAUUCAUAUCUGCUGUCGGGCAAUUUGCCCGCACGUGCUGGCUCGCUUCAAGCUGCGCUAAAUAUCGAAGUGCAGGAUCUGGAAAUUGAUUACGUUGAUGUCAAGAUUGAGGGCCUCAAUGGCAAGCUGCCGAAUCUGGAUAUGUUCAAUUUGGUGCAGCGCAUAAUGGCGCGCGAGGGCGUCACCUCCGGCUAUAAACAGACGCCGCGCAAGAAGCGUCGCUCCAGUCUCUCAAACUUUGAGCAGAAUCUGCGCCAAAUGCUGGCCAUGCUUGCGACGCAAUCAUCAGGUGUGCCCAAUGGUAAUCAUGGACUAUUUCAUCGCUACCGCAUCGAUGCGCUAACCAUAUCCGCUGCGAAGCGUGUUACCAACUCCAAUGUGAAAAGCAAUCCCACCUCAUCGGCUGUGCCACUCUUAAAGGCCAUCGAGGGCAUUGCGCGUAGUCUGAAUAAUUUGCUGGAGCGCUUCCAUCAGAGUUUCUUUUUCUACGUAAUUGUUCAUAAUGAUCGGUACAUAUCAAUUGGCGACUAUAUGCCAGCACUGGUCGCUCUUGUCGCCUGCAGCUUCAUCAAAGCCUAUCUUACAUGGUCCACACUGGAUGCAUCGGCCAUAGUAUUAUCGCAGGAAACUAUUGCCCUCAAGCCCGAUACUAAGUCAUUGAAAUUGUCUUUGCCGUAUGGCUCCGUACUGAUAUAUUUGGCUGUGGUGCUGCUCAUUGGUUACUUGGCUAAUGUGUUGCCACUGCAACAUUAUAUUCUGGAGCUGCCGUUAAACGCCGCUCCGCUCACCGCCACAAUACUGAUUGCACUGAGCCUGAUUGGCUUCGUGCUGCCAUUCGUGGUGAUACUGCCUGAUGGAGGCCUCGAGCUGCUGCAUAUCAGCUUGCUGCUCAUAUACGGCUGCACUCUGAUUGUCAUUGGUCUGCUCAAUUUCUCGCUGGGUUUCUUUGUGGGCGUGCUAACGGUGCCCAUGGUUGUUGCUUUAAAUACUAGCACUAGGAACAGCACACUACGCAGCCUGGCUCGUGUAUGGACGCUACUCCUGAAUCCACUGGUUGUCAUCUAUAUCAUUGUGCUCGUCAUGAGCUUCCAUCAGUUUCCAGAGCUGACGAUGCAACAGCUUCUGCUGCGUGCCGCCACAGCUGCCAUGGAUGCGGCAGCAUUUGCGCUUGUUGAUUCAGUAAUUUAUGGAAAUUGGCUUUAUUUUGCAAUCUGCACCAUAUUUCUUCCAAUUUGGAUUAUCUGCUGGACACUGGCGCUGGCAAGGCGUCGGGGCAAUGAGAUUCAUCAGCCAAAGCUGAAAACAAAUUGAUCUGUAGAUGUUUUAUUUUCAAUUCCAUAUUGUUUUUUAUAUUAUGGUAACAAAUAAAAUACGUAUGUUUGUCUAUAUCUA